GAACUUUAAGACCCAGGCUCAACAACCACACAUCUUAAAGAUGGUCAAUUUUCAGCGUUUGACUUCUACUACUGAUACUCUUAGGAAGCACCGUGAGAGAAACGGACUCCUUUGUAUGUGUGCCCGAGCUGGAAAUCAAGCUGCCAAGUCCAUCUUGGGAAAGGCUAUCCUACUUCGCGACUCCUGGUUUUUUGGCAUGAUAUAUAAUGACAAUCAACAAGCAUAUUAUGGGUGCAUUGCAUCGAGUCAAGUUCUACAUCACCAUAACCUUGUGCGAACGUUUAUCCUUAGUGCCCCCUCCAAAGAAAUUGUUGUAAUGCGUCAAUAUUUAGUGAAAUAUGUGAUCGCUCAUGCAGGAUACAAUGCGGCUAGUGAGUGUGGACUCAUUGCAGCCAUUUGUACUUUGUGUAAUACUGAGGCUGCAAGGCAUAGAGCAACUAGAGUUGGAAGUGACCAAAACCAAGCGACCAUCAGUUCAUUUAUCGAUAUCUUGGCUCUUUUGGAGCCACCACCAGAAGCAAUGUUUCGUGACACUGUGGUUAUCUUGUUUGAUAAACUCUUCCCAUCGGCUCGUGAUUGAGCUUGGGAUGGUGUUGCCUUAAGGAAAUAAUAAAAUAAAUCGUUUUAAUAA